AGCCCUGGAGGGCCUCCCCCUCUGCCUGCAGGGGUGUCCUGCGGAGAGGCAGCCCCUCCUGUGGGGCUGAGGCUGCCCUUCUGCUGAGACCCGGUUGGGACCUCACCUCCUGUAGGUGAGCCUGAGUGUGUGUCACUUUCUGUUUCGCUCCAGCUGCUCACCUGGCUCCAGGCCCCGCCCUGCACGGGCUUCCCCAGCCUGGGGCCUCCCCUAGUGGCAGGUGUGUUUUCACUUUUCCUACAUCAGCUGGGAUUGCCCGCCUGUGCAGCCCAAAAGCCGCACCAUGGAGCGCAGGGAGCAAUUGCAUCAGAGCCGACCUGCGAGUUCAGCGACACACACUGAGCAGCGGCUGGGACCUGGAAGAGGAGACCCAGGCCAAAGACACCAAACAGGGCUGAGUGAGCUCCAGGGACAGCCUGUGAGAGGACACUUGGAUCCCCGCCUGGGACAGAGACCAGAGACCAGAGACCAGAGACCAGGAUGAAGCUGGCCCUGGCCGGGUGUUGCCCGCUGGUGCUGAUGCUGAUGAGCACGGUGCUGACCAGCACAGGAGCAGUUCCCAUCCCCACGCCCCUCAGGACCCUCCUGGGUGCAAGGGGCUGCCACGUGGCCCAGUUCAAGUCUCUGUCCCCACAAGAAAUGAAGGCCUUCAGGAGGGCCAAGCACGCCUUGGAAGAGUCCCUCCUGCUGAGGCACCGGAGCUGCAGCUCCCACCCAUUCCCCAGGACCUGGGACCUGAGGCAGCUGCAGGUGUGGGAGCGCCCUGUGGCCUUGGAGGCUGAGCUGGCCCUGACACGGAGGGUCCUGGGUGCCGUGGCUAACUCGACCCUGGGGGACGUCCUGGACCAGCCCCUUCUCACGCUGCGCCAUAUCCACUCCAAGCUUCAGGCCUGUGUCCCAGCUGAGUCCACAGGCCCCAGGCCCCUGGGCCGCCUCCACCAAUGGCUGCACCGCCUCCAGGAGGCUGAGAAGAAGGAAUCCCGUGGCUGCCUUGAAGCCUCUGUCACAUCCAACCUCUUCCGCCUCCUGGCCCGUGACCUGAAAUGUGUGGCUGACGGAGACCUGUGUGUGUGACUCUGAGGCCCACCUGCCCCUGUCCCAGCACCUUGGUUUAUUUAUGCACCCCCACCUUUCUUAAUUUAUUGCAACCCCACCACUAUUUAUGCAUUUUUGUGUGUGAAUUGUCAAACUCGCACCCGAUAAAGUAUUUAUUUUUCUACUUUUUGUAAGAAUUGUUCAAAUAAAUGAUAAGAAAA